AUGGUCCGUCUUGACUUCCCUACGACCAAUAACGAAGCAGAGUACGAAACCUUGAUAGCAAGGUUGGACCUUGCCAAGGCGGCAGGAGUUGAAAAUUUGGUCAUAUACUGCGAUUCCCAAGUGGUAACCAGUCAGGUUAAUGACGACUAUGAAUGCAAGAAUGAACAGAUGAAGAAGUACCUCGAGCAGGUGAAGGAUAGAGUUAGCAUCUUCCAAGUAAAGUUUGUUCAAAUCCCAAGGGAGGAGAAUGAGCACGCCUACCCCGACUUGCUAAAGCUGCUUCAACGGAGCACAUGCUCAUCCCCAGUUAGGCAACCUACAGAGGAGCUCACUCCAAUGACAACCCCAUGGCCAUUCACUCAAUGGGGAUUAGAUAUCAUGUGCCCAUUCUCAACGGCGGUUGGAUAUUUGAAGCUCUUGGUAGUCGAUAAAGACUACUUCACCAAGUGGGUAGAAGUAGAAGCCCUGACCACCAUACUGAGAAGAAUGUGCGAAACUUUGUGUAGAAGAAAAUUAUUUGCAGGGAUCAAGAACCACUAUUCAUCACCUGCCCACCCACAAGCCAAUGGACAAGUUGAGGUCAUGAACCGAUCCUUGCUUAAAAUCAUCAAGACUCGGCUCUCGGGGGUAAAGGGUAUAUGGCCGGAUGAACUACCAAGUGUUUUGUGGGCGUACAGGACAACGGCGAGGACGCCUACAGGGGAGACCCUGUUUCAGCUAGCAUAUGGAAGCAAGGCAGUCAUCCCGGCUGAAAUGAGACUUACAAACUAUAGAAUAGGGAACUAUGAUGAAAGCAAGAAUGAGGAAGCUAUGCAUCUGCAGCUUGAUCUAGCGGAUAAAGUAAGAGCAAUAGCUGAACAAAGGUUAGCACGGUACCAGAAUCUCACGGCCAAGCAUUACAACUUCAAGGUUAGACAUAGGGACUUCCAGGUUGGAGAUUUUGUCUUAAAAAAGGUGAUAGGAACUACAAAAGACACCUCCUAG